AUGCUUCUGCUAUUCGAGACCGCCGCUGGCUAUGCCGUGUUCAAAGUCAAGAAUGAAAAGAAGCUGGAAGAAGUCAAGGACCUGGCUAAGGAGUUCGAGAACACUGAAUUCAUGAACCAAAUGGUCCAACUGGAGAAGUUUGUGAAGUUUGAAGAUACAAAAGAAGCUCUUGUCGCUGCCGCCGAUACUAUUGAGGGCAAGAUCUCGAAAAAACUAAAGAAACUAUUAAAGAAGCUGUACGUCAAAGAGAUACGUGAGGACGCUCUUGCUGUGGCGGAUAAAAAGUUGUCCCAGGAAAUAACAAGCAAAAUGAAUGUGCCCACCAUUGCCGAUUCGUCAGUCCAAAACCUAAUGCGAGCUAUUCGUUCACAACUAAGCAGCUUAAUUCCAGCGUUUGGAGAAUCUGACAUUAUGAGGAUGCGGCUGGGUUUAGCUCACAGCCUUGACCGCUACAAGUUGAAGUGCAACCCAGACAAGAUCGACACGAUGAUCGUUCAGGCAAUCGGUCUUCUUGAUGAACUUGACAAGGAAUCAAACAACUAUGUGAUGCGGUGUAAAGAGAUGUACGGGUGGCACUUUCCAGAGCUUUCAAAGAUUGUGACAGAUAACAUGACCUACGUUCAAGUCGUGAAGAGAAUCGGCAUUAGGGAAAAUGCAGCGAAGAUGGACCUCUCCGACCUUCUACCAGAAGAAUUAAUAGCCCAGGUUCGGGAUGCGGCGAUUGUUUCCUUAGGGACCGAAUUAACUAAAGACGACGUGGAAAUGAUUCAUUCUCUCUGUGAUCAAGUGGUUGACGUGGCCGAAUCUCGGAAUACUCUCCACGAGUACCUCGUCAAGCGCAUGGUCGCUGUCGCUCCCAAUCUUACAGCAUUAGUUGGUGAGAUCCUGGGUGCGCGUCUCAUUGCGCGUGCAGGAACCUUGGUGAACCUUGCGAAGUAUCCGGCAUCGACCGUGCAAAUUUUGGGCGCGGAGAAGGCCCUCUUCCGUGCUUUAAAGACGCAUCAUAGCACACCGAAAUAUGGGUUGCUCUACCACGCUAGUUUGGUCGGACAAGCCGGUCCAACGAUCAAAGGAAAAAUUUCGAGAAUGUUGGCGGCGAAGGCCGCGUUGUCUAUUCGUCUCGAUGCCCUUGGUGACGAGGACGCAGACAAUGAAAUGGGAAUUCGAGCAAGGGCGUACCUCGAGGAUCGACUGCGACAGCUUGAAGCCGGCACAUUUAAUCCACGCAUUUCAAGGAAGCGCAAGUUUGACUCAAUGGGAGAGUCUAAUAACAUCCCACCAAAAUCAAUGAAAAUAGACUCUUGA